AUUGAGAACCAAUACAAAACCCAUCAUCUUUCUUGUGACUCCAAAAGCUCACUGGAACUGUUCAAAGAUCACAUUCGCAGAUUCAACUCAACAACAACAUAAAAAACCAAACUCUGAUUUUUCUCAUUUUUUCUGCAAACCCAAAACAGUUUCAGCUUUCAAUCUCAGUUCCAAUGCAAAACCCAAACCCAUCAUCAUCUUCUCCCCCUUCCCCUCCUUGGUUGGACUCAGCCCCGUUCAUCCACCGGAGCCGCCACCUCCUCCGCCGCGCGCCGCCGCCCCUACACACGGCGGCGACCUUCUUCCGGCGCGCGAGCGGGCGGCGAAUGAUGCUGCGGGAGCCGUCGGUGCGGGUGCGGGAGGCGGCGGCAGCGGAGGUGGAGGGCCGGCAGAGCGAGUGGGCCUACUCGCGGCCGGUGGUGGCGCUCGACGUCGCUUGGAACGCCGUGUUCCUCGCGAUCGGCGCGUCGGUGCUAGCGCUGAGCACCGACGAGGACCCCUGCGUGCCGCUCAGGGCGUGGAUUGUGGGGUACCUGCUGCAGGGCGCGUUGCACUCUCUCUGCGUUGUUGCUGAGUUCACAAGAAGAAGAAGAAGAAGACUGAGUGGGACCCACCCCGGUUCUAACGUGGUGGGCCACGUUCAAUGGAGCUUCAGUUCCGAGAGUGACGAAGAGUUUUAUCCUCCGGAACAGUUUCUCGAGGGUGACGGAAACAGCAUCACAAAGCAUAUAGAAACCGUGAAUACCAUGCUUUCAUUCAUAUGGUGGAUUGUCGGGUUCUACUGGGUAACUGCUGGUGGCCAAAGUUUGACAAGGGAUUCACCUCAGCUUUACUGGCUCUGUAUCACAUUUCUUGCUUUCGACGUCGUGAUUGUACUCAUCUGUGUUUCUGUUGCAUGUCUUAUUGGAAUCGCAGUUUGCUGUUGUUUGCCAUGCAUACUUGCCAUUCUUUAUGUAGUGGCAGAUCCGGAAGGGGCAACGAAGGAAGAGAUUGACCAGUUGCCAAAAUAUAAGUUUAGAAUAAUAAAGGAAUUUAAGAAAGAAGGUGAUAUUGAAGAAUCUUCAAGAGGAAUAAUGACCGAAACUGAGAGUGAGACAGCCGCCGAACAUGUUAUUGCCUUAGAAGAUGCAGAAUGCUGCAUCUGCCUUUCUGCCUAUGAUAAUGGUGCUGAGCUCAGAGAACUUCCUUGCAACCACCAUUUUCACUGUACAUGCAUAGACAAAUGGCUGCUAAUCAAUGCUACCUGCCCUCUCUGCAAGUUUAACAUUUUGAGGACUGGCAACCACUAUCAAGAAGUUUGAACAAGUUCCCUUUUCUAUUGCAUUGAUUAGGAGAACAGAACCCUUUUCACAUCAACCAAGCACUUUGUUGCAAAGUAGCACCAGAUUGACCUCUUCUGUUUUUAGUGCUGUGUAUAUUUGAUAUGAACCCAUCAAUAUUCCUCCCCUAACCAUAAUGGGAACAGUUUGUUUCCAGCAGAAUGUGUAUUAACUAUUGAGAAUUUGAGACCUCAUUUCAGUUGAUGACAUGACCAGGUAGACACAAUGUCCUAUAUUAGGAGUCACAUUUAUUGCACAAUGUCUCAGACCUAUUGUGUAUAAGUGUAUCUCUUUAAAUGACAAGGUCAUGGAGGCUAGAAUGAGAAUAUUCAAAUCUGUGUAUAUUGUUGGUUCUGUAAUUUCGGUAUAGCAAAAUAUAGGUGCCUCGCUGAAUAGAUCUCACUGAAAACAGAAUAGGCAGCUUUGAGGCACUUCAUAUGUGGUGAAUGAAUAAACAUAAUUGGAAGUAGAAUAACAUAAUUGAGCCUUGUGGA